UAUAUAGUGCGGGUGGUACAGAUGUCCUGUUUAGACUCUCUCUGUUAGCCUGAUGGACUGUUAACUGGAUGUCAUGGUGAUUUUCUACCUACAGUUCACCUGAUGUAAAGGACCACUGGCAAGAUACUCUCCUUAGGAAAAUUAAAUCAGCAAAAGACACAGAGGAGCCUAAAGUCACAGAACUCACAAUACUAAUGAAGGUCUUAAGCAACUCUGUUCUGCUUAAAACACUAACUGUAAGCAACAUCGAACCUGCCAGUGAGGUGGUGAGGAGAGCUCUGGAAUCAGCUGAAAUGGGAGAUGCCCAGGAUUAUAAGUUAUUAUUUUCAAACGGUGAGGAUACGCCAUCUUCUCUAAUCGGUCACGAGUAUCCCUUUGCCAUUAAAAUGAGCCAGCGGCAGAAGUCGAGUGAAAAGCAGGGAAAGGCAGAGGUGCCAGCGUUUGACCUGGAGAGAAAACCUUCAAAGGUGUCUCAAAUACCCCAGUGCCAGUUUCAACUGAAAUACUGUCCAGUUGACUCGCACGGCAAUUCGAAGCACUGCAAGAAAAACAGAACAAAGAUGGCUUGGCCUUUCCGCAGAAACUCAACUCAGACAGAGUCUGUCUCCUCUCAGGAAGAAUGCCUUUUUAAUCGACAUCUUCAGGAUAUCUCCGAGGGUGAUGGCACACUUCCUAAACCAAUCCUUGAUAUGCUGACUGUCCUCUUCAAGAAAGGACCCUCAUCCAUAGGAAUAUUUAGAAAGUGUGCAAACAUGAAGGCUUGCAAGGAGUUAACAGCAAAGCUAAACAUGGGAAGAGAAGUCAAUCUGGAGGAGGAGCCAGUGGUCCAGUUGACGGCAGUCUUCAAGGACUUUCUACGACGUAUUCCAAAUUGUAUCUUGAGAGCUGAUCUGUAUGACAGUUGGAUGGCCGCAAUGGAGAAGAAGGAUGUCAAUGAAAGAACAGAGGCGAUCAAACAGGUUCUUUCAAAACUUCCAAGCCACAACCUUGCGUUGCUUCGCUACUUCUUCUGUCUGCUCUAUUACAUCAACAAACACUCUGAGGUCAAUAAGAUGGAUGCUUACAAUCUUGCAAUCUGCAUCAGCCCCAACAUGCUCUGGCCCAACAAAGAUAUAGCACUCGAAGCUCAGCAAGAGGUCUCUGCUAAGAUUGUGACUCUAAUGCAAUUUUUGAUCGAGAACUGCUGUCAAAUAUUUGGUAAUAUAACCAUGCUCUUGGGUGAACCAUGUCAAGUGGCAUCAGACUACAAUGAUCACUCAGAUGUGUCAUUGUCCCACCAAAAUGACUCUGCCUAUGACAGCACAGAUCAAGAGGAAUGGAGAGACACACAGAACGAAAAGAGAAGGCGAGCAAACAACAGCUGCAGUGAACUAUCAGCCAGCGACCAGGCACGGGGAAUGGAACAUAAUCAGAUUUAUCGCAUGAGGAAUGACCAGGAGACUGGAGGCUGCACAAUGACUUUAAGUAGCACUGAAUCCAUAGAUAUGACCAACAGAGUGCUGCCACAAAUGUCUCCAACUGUAUGUCCCUCUGCAGUCAUUAUUGAACAGUAUUCAGGGAGGAUGAACAGACGAUGCUCGGAGCCAAUACUGCCCACAAACAAUAGCUCCAAAAAGAUCAGCCAGAAGGAAUUGGCUGCAAGAAGUCAUGAUGACUGCUCCAUCACUCCCCAUGAUCUGGACUUUCAGAAUCCAUCAAUGAAAAAACAAACGUCUGAGGAAAGCUUUCCAAAAUAUCAGUUCAAGGGAAGGAAGUCGUUCAUCUAUAAUGUCAGUUCACACUCAGAGCUGUCCACAGCCUCGUCCUCCAAGGCUUCCUCUGUCUCUUCAUUAGCUAGUUCAUGCUCAAACCUGUCUGAGAGUUCUGUCUUUGCCAAUUCUCCACUUGUGUCCCCUACGUGCCCCAGACAUGAGGAAUCCUUCUCAGAACAUCACAUCAAACGCCUGACUAGUUUGACCCAAGAGCCUGAUAGUAAUGCAAAGUUCGCCAUAGAGAAAACCAAAAAACCACUGAAGAAGACUCUAAGCUGCCCCACAAGGUCUUUUCAAGGCAACAGGGAUUGCUGCAAGGAAAUCUCGCUGAAGGAAAAUCAAUCCACCUGUGAGACUGUGCAUGAGGAUGCAGUGAAUGAGAGUGGAAAUUCAAAGUUUUCGUAUCACUCAUCCCCUGAUGUUGUCUUUCAGCGGGUGGACAGUCAAAAACGGGGCUUUCCACCUUCUUAUAAUGAAGCUCUUAUACAUAAUACCCCCCCUAUUCUCGCAAUGAAGGGAAUGACAGUGAAGCACAUGAGGAGUUGGUCGCAAAAGGAACAAAACAUUGAAGAAGGUACACCAUAUUCAUUAAUCCAGAACAAACACAACAUGCGUUGUAGAUCUGUUUCUGGUCAUAAAACUUGUUCAUUAACAGAUGACCCAUUCAAAAUAUCCUGUCAAAAUAUCAAAAGCAGUUCAGACUGUUACAAUACACAAACUGCAGAGAACCAUGCAAACCACUUUACAAUAUGUGAGAAGCCACACCAAUACAGAGGGAGAGCUCUGUCUGAAUCCAUAAGCAGAGACAAGAACUUCCAGUUAGGGGGAUGCUUCAAUCAGACCUUUAACCGUUAUCCAUAUCCUAAGGAGUCAUAUGUGUAAACAAUGUACAAACCCUGAUGUUUGCCAGCACCUUUUCUCAUGUUACAUUCUGUGUUAAUGUCCUAUCAAUAAUUGUUUAAAAAGUUGUUGUUUUUAAACGUAAUGUUCUGUUUCCAAUUUUUGUUGUCCCUUUUGACCUCUUUGGUUGUAUUAAGUGAACAAGCACCUUUAAGUACAUAGAGUCUUUAACACUCGUUGUCUCUGAUUUAAUAGAGAUUAUAUACCAUAGAGCGGAAAAUCUAGAUGAUGCAGAUGUAUAUUUGUAGAAAACAUUAAAAAAUAUUGAUGUUUAUCAUAGUUAAAAUGAACCCUGUAUCACAGUGCAAUGUAACAUAGCGUGUUAAAAUUUACAAAACAUCAAGUGUGAAUAUUGUACAUAUAAGCUAUCCAAAAGAUUUCUGUGUGAAGUAAUUUGCAAUGAAUAGUCACACAAUUUCACUACAAUAAAUUUGAUAUUUACAGUG